ACGAGCCUCCAUGUUGUGCGUUGAUCUGCUAUCAGCGCUCAUCUAACGUUGGGGACGUGCGGCUGACAUGACGAUGGUGAUAACGUCAUCGACACUCGCGGGUCACUGCUCACAUACACACAGCCCUGCCCCCACCGGUAUCCCGCAUUCCAUCGGCAAACCCUACACCCCGGUCUUGUGUUAAACCCUACAGAUAGCUGGGUGCAGCUGGUUAUGGCAACAGACGCUCAGUGGCGAUUGUUUCUGACCAACAACCAGAAAACACCUCUGUAAAUACUCUGGAGCGGCGUGAUUGGAUUUACCUGUCUAACGGGAUACUUAUCACAGGUGAGACAGGUGAAGGAGAUCCUGGACACUCGACGUCACCAUGGCAACUGUGCCAAAUGUGCAGGUGCCUCGUGCAUGUAGCCGAGAGAAGAAAAUGGUCAGCCGGAAAGUGAAACCCCAGAGCAGAUUCUGUUCAUCACACAAGUGGAUGGGGCGAGGCGAGAGGAAACGGAUGACAAGAUAGAAGUACCGUUUGAAGACGACGACUUAGAGAUACAACGAGAAAAGUUGGACCUCGACGAGAUUAAGCGAGAGUUGUAUCAGAGGGAAUGCAGGAGACUGAGGGUGACGCCUAUCGGGGCGUUCGUUCGCAACCCCACCAAAACUCAGCUAGAUCUGAAGUACUACUCCAUGGGACCAGAUGGCGCUAAGGCACUUGCUGUUCCACUGAUGUUGGAUUCGUCCUUGACUCGCCUUGACCUCGAGGGCAACUGUAUCGGACCGGCAGGACUUAGCAGUCUGGUUGAAACACUCGCAGACAACUGUUGCCUUGCACAAAUAAGUUUGGCGAACAAUCAUCUCGGCAGUGUUGGAGCCAAACACGCCGCCAGCCUCAUGAUGAAGAACCAGUACAUCUCAAGUGUAAACCUCUCAGGAAACGGGUUCCGCGACAUAGAUGCACCAGCAUUCGGGCUCGUCAUAAGGGAAUCCAAACACGUCAAGGAACUGGUAUUGUCCAACAACGAACUUGGAGACAUGGCAGGGAGAGAACUUGGAGAGGCUCUAGUAAGUAACGACACCCUCGAGCACCUUGACCUCAGCUGGAACCACAUCAGGAACGCCAGUGCAGCGAAGCUAUUCGGUGGUGUUAAGGAAAACGUGGGACUACGCCGUCUGAACGUCAGCUUCAACGGCUGCGGCUGUGAGGGCGUGACAGGGGCAGGACUAGCUCUGGCCAGCAACAACACCCUGAGGGAACUCGACUUGUCGAGAAACAGGCUCACAGACGGAGACGUCAAAUUCGCUUUGAGCCUCAAGAACAACGACUCCCUGCAGAUUCUGCGGUUGAGAGACAACUUACUAACGGAUGUCGGCGCACUGGCGUUGCUCACAGCGAUAUACACCGCAGAGGGUUGUGCCGUAGAGGAGGUCGACAUCGGGACUACAAGCGUCAACCCAGAUUUCAUUGACCUCGUCAAAACCAUACAAGAGGACAGACCGUUCAAAGUUACACAUGGACCUGUGAUCGUUGUCAAAGACCACACAAAGUAUUCACAAGAAGGUCCGAAAACGACGACUCUGACGCAGAGGAGGAGGACCUGGAAGUCGAUGAAGAAGAACCCACAGAUCCCGUGGAGGUUCAGGAUACGAAAGCUGUGGAAAGAUCUGUGUCGUCUGUGAUCUAGCAUCCUUUGGACCUGUAGGAUGUGGUUCAGGAAUCUGAUGGAGACAGCAAAUACUCUAACCUCAUAAAAUACCAGUGAACGGAUAAACCACAGUAAUAUUUAUCUCACGACAGGAGUCCAAGUUAGUCAAUGUAGACUCCGUCUCAAGGAGAAAAUGGAAGAUAGCGACUCGGAUAUAUAUUCCUGGGAAUAGCUAAACACCCAUUGCUAUGCAUUUGUGUGUUUUAAGCGGAACUCGUGUAUCGAGUCCUUAAACUGCUUCCUCUGCGUCAUAUUACGUGACCCAUUAGGUGUGUCCAUCUAGAUGAACAUACAGUGACCUCUCGCCAGUCCUUCAUCACCAGUAAACUGUGGUGUCAUUUAUUAAACUAAGACCACUGACAUAUGUACAGGUUUCGAAAGUUAUAUGGACGUUCUGGAUACAUGAAGGCGUGGUUCAGGGCAGUUUUCAAGUGUAUACUUCGGGCGGCGUAUGUGUGGGUGGCGCAGGCAUGUCCCCAGGUGGUCCAGGAACACAUAGGUCAUGUGUAUAGCAUGGGAAGUGGUUGUCCUGCAAACAGUGAUCUGUAACAUUAUGUUCACACGUUCAAGAAGCUACAAGCGUGUGGGUCUUUCAGUCAUUGAGACGUGAAAUAUUUAAUAAAUGAGUUGGGUGUGCUG